CUUAAAGGGAAGAAAAGGGAAAACAGCUCUCAUCUGCUCAGUCUCCACUGAUCGCCUCUGUAGUAGCAAUCGAACGUUUUCAAUCAUGGCUGAGGCUGCAUCCAAUGUCCCAAGUGCGGAGUUGUUGGAGUUCCCAAAGAAAGAUAAGCGUCGUUUCUUACAUGCCGUCUAUCGUGUUGGUGACCUUCACCGCAGCAUUAAGUUUUACACCGAAGCCUUUGGAAUGAAAUUACUUAGGCAAAGGGACAUACCCGAGGAAAAAUACUCGAAUGCGUUUCUUGGAUUCGGCCCCGAAGAAUCACACUUCGCUGUGGAGCUUACGUAUAAUUACGGAGUGGAUAAGUACGACAUUGGAACCGGAUUUGGUCAUUUUGCAAUUGCUACCGGAGAUGUUUACAAGCUUGCUGAAACCAUCAAGGCUAAAGGCGGAACCAUCACAAGGGAACCAGGUCCAGUUAAAGGUGGAUCGAGUGUAAUUGCUUUUGCUAAAGAUCCCGAUGGUUACCUUUUUGAACUCAUCGAAAGGGGUUCGACUCCUGAACCUCUAUGUCAAGUAAUGCUUCGUGUUGGUGAUCUUGAUCGCUCCAUCAAGUUCUAUGAAAAGGCACUAGGGAUGAAACUAUGUAGGACAAUUGAUAGACCAGAACAAAAGUACACUUUGGCAAUGAUGGGAUAUGCUGAAGAAAAGGAAACCAUUGUUUUGGAGCUUACUUACAAUUAUGGUGUAACUGAGUAUACCAAAGGAAAUGCAUAUGCACAGGUUGCAAUUAGUACCACCGAUGUGUAUAGAAGUGCUGAAGUAGUCGAUCAUGUCGUAAAAGAGCUUGGCGGAAAGAUAACGAGGCAGGCCGGACCAAUUCCGGGGAUCAAUACCAAAAUCACCGCGUUCCUAGAUCCUGAUGGUUGGAAAACGGUUCUCGUUGAUAACGAAGACUUCCUGAAAGAACUUCACAAGAAAGAGUGAUUCCGUUAAGCGUCUUUAUGGUAUGGUAUCGUGUAAUUUAGGAUGCAAUCACUAUGAAUAAAGUUGCGUGCCAUUUUUUUGGCACGUAACGUCUGUGUAGAGCAUCGUACUAAGAGACGGUUUAUGUGAUGUUUUUCAAUGGUAAAUAAGAGGAAUGCUUGUGAUUCUUGUUAG